GUGGCUAGAUAAGGUGGUUAGCAGUAAUUUAAGAGACUUGGGAUGGACCCUUGGGAUGCAGCCCAGGCUCUUCGCCCUACGUGAAGAGCCUGGUGACGCGAGGCUACGUUUUGUUAACCCAUUUUUGGUGACGCUUUUAUACUGAAAUGUACGACCCGGAAAUCCUGUUUUUCUGACGAAGUGAAAAUACAGGAAAACACAAGCCAGGGACGUCUGUGAACUCAAGGUAAACACACAGAGCAUGGAGCUCCUUGCCAAUCUAGAGAUCUACAUCCCAGUGGAAGCAGAGGUGAAAAGCAUCCCUAUACGGAGCUUACCAAAGUCAGUGCUUAGACGAAUUGGCCUCCCUCUGUCUGACUCUGAGGGCUCCAGAAAGCUCACAGACUCUGCAGAAGGCAUAUGGAUUUGUCCAGUAAUCAUGCGGAUGAAAGGCCAGAAAUGUGCCACCAACACAGGGAACAGUGUGGUGGAGAACAUGUCCUCACUGCUGGGCAAAGAGUUUAGGGCUCAGCCGGGUCCCUUCCAAAUGUCCUUUGUCUCCGCCAAUCCCACAGCUUACAAGGUACUGAAGGACAACAUACCUGGAAAAAAUGUCUCCACACACACAUCUCAUCUCACCUCUCCAUUACCUCAUGGCACAGCAUCGCAGACAUAUGAAGAUGCUGUUGUCAUUUACCACGGAAACGUUUACCUGUCUGCCAGGAGGCCCAGUCAAAGACGGAGUCAACGAGAGACUCGUGAUCCACAGCCAGCGUCUCUGUCUUCCAUUCCUUCAGCAUCAGACUUGUCAACUAAAAGCCAGAAGAAGCACGGCUCUUCGGAGGCUUCUAUUGAACCUGCAGACACAAAGCCAAAACGGAAGAAACUACGUGUCAUUUUGCCCCAAACCUCCUCAAAACAGUUAAAGGAUUGUCUCAUAAAAAAAGAUCAUCUCUCCACCACAGACCGGGAGCUGCUUAAUGACCACAGGCCCAAAGAGAAACACACAACAUGUGAAGUAACCCACAGUGACAAGGAGAAGGAUGUGACACACAGAGCAAGUGAUGUAUCCUCAUCCAAAACUGCACAUAGUGUCCUUCGGUCCACUGACAGUCUACACAAAGUGGACAGUCAUAAAGAUGCUGAUGGAGAGCAGUCUGCAGAGAAAGCAGCAGGCACAGGGCCAGCGUGGCUUCAGCCUCAGGGGGAGCAGGAGGAGGUGUUCAACAAUGACAGUGGUGAAUGUGAGCUACAGGACCUGGGCAGUAAGGAAGCUGACUAUAUUCAAAUUGGCAGUGGUGAAUCUGAUAGCUUAGUUGGUAUUGUAGAGCAAAGACGCAACCAGAGCUGGACCAGGAGAGAGUCUCAGGGUGCAGCUCGUGCCUUUACAUCACUACCGGAGUGUGACUUCAAGGGGCUGGCAGAGGAGGAGGCGAUUGAUCGAAUGAAGGCCAAACUCAGAAAGCAAGAAGCUACUCUCAACAGCCUGCCCUCUUCAUAAUGACAGCUCAGUCAGAGUGAGAAGCAGUAAUGAUGUUUUAGUUCUCCAGAAUAUGAUUAGGAACUUAAGGAGACUCUGCUGUGUAGGAUUUAGGAGGAAUCGUAAAUUGCCAGAAAUGGAACAUAAUGUUCCUGACUAUGUUUUCAUUCAUGUAUAAUCACUUGUUUUGAAUUAUUUACAGUAGCCCAGAAUGGACAAACCAAACACAGGCUAUAGAUAGGGCCAUUUGCAUAUUCGUGUCAGCCACCGUGGUUCUACAUCAGUGAUACUGAACUUACAGCUGACAGGCCGGAUUUAGCCCACAAUAGGGUGCCUUGUCACCCCCCAACCACAUUUCAGUUCACAGUGAAAUUAAAGUGAUUCACACUGGGAGUUUUAUUUGUACUUUUAACAUACAUUAAGUUGUUUUUACACAGCUGCUUGUCAACUGCCCUGACAACCGUCUAUGUUCAAAACCUCUUUUCCUCUGCUGCCUUCCCCUCACUGAAAUGACUGGAGGCAGUGAGUUACUGCGGUGUGAACACAAUGCAAGGUGCCAGGGUACAUAGUAAAGGAUAAUAAUAGAGCUUGUUUAUCAAAAAAAAAGCUAGGGGAGGAUCCCCUGGUCCUUAACAGAAGUCCUAGCUAAGCUUUGAAUGUCCUCAAAUCCUAGGAACACCCCUGCAUACAUGUGCGGGGCUGCUGACUGGCCCCUGGGGGCCACAUUUUACAAAGUGGCCCCCAGGAAAAACAAGUUGAGUAUCGCAGUUCCACAUGCUUAUAACAUGGAUAAGUUUCAGUUGGUUGCAACAUGCAGUCUCACCACCAGAUGACACCAAAUCCCACACACUAGAUCAGUAAAAACAGGAUACUAGUGUGCAUGGAAACUGACUUGGUGACAGGAUGAUUGAAAGCUAGAAAUUGCAUUUCCUUACAGUCCCUGUGAAACGGAAGUUAGAGCUUCUUUAGUUUCUGUACUGUGAUAUAUUUUCCAGUGAAACAGAAUACUUGAGCGGUGAACAGUAACACAAGGGAUUCACAUCCAAUCCUUUGCAUUUGAAUGGACAACUAAAAAAUGGGCGGGCUUAGCAUCUGAAUUCAGAGCUACGGUGGAGUCCGCUGCUGUGGGGAUUGUUGGCUCCACAAACACGUUUGUCGUUGUUGGAUCAGGAGGACGUGGGAGAGAUGCAUGAAUUAGAUCUGAGCAACAUUGUAUUGGUAAUAAAAACAAAGGUUUUGUUCUUCAGCUUUAUUUGAUUAUCGUUUUACCUGGUUUUACACAAAAAGAAAAGACGGGGGGUUUUUUUCUUUUUGAUUAAAACUUGUAAAAUAUUUUCAUUUUAUUUUUGAGGACUUCCAUAUUUGCUCUGAAUGAUGGAUACUGUUGUUUUCUGACUCGUAACCUUUCCUCUAGGGUUGCAUGAGGCCAAGCUUUACAUGUGACCUAAAUGGUGCAUUCCAAUAGCACUGGGAAGUCAGGAUUUCCCAGUUCCCAAUUGGAAAUUUCAAUUGGAACGACCUUUUAAGUUAAAUUUCUGGAAAGCUGGAGGAACUUCACCAACUCCAACCUCAAAAUCCAAGGUUGAUCUGUGCAUCAGCAGUAGUGAAAGCUGUUGUAAUAUGCUGUUCAUUAGCACUUCUGUCCUAUUUGUGUCUCACUGGAACAGUCAUACACAUGGUCCCGUCCAAUUCCACAGACAUGAACAAUUCCUGUUUGUGGAAUUGUUCCUACAAUGUUUGUAUGAGCAAAAGACAGAGUAAUGUGUUGUUAUGGACAGGUACUGCUUUUGUUAUUCCCAGCUCCAAAUUAUGACUUACUAGGUAAAUGGAAGGCAGCAAAACUGCUGUUGAGACUGCACUCAGCUCUCUCAAGAGACAUGGUCAUGUCGUAGUGGUGAUUUUUAUCUAACUUUCUUGAGAAAUGCUUGUCAUAAUGGGAACAUUAUAUGUAGAUAAAUGUCAGUUUUCCUCAAUUUGUCAUUUUUGCUGCUUUGCUCUGGGACCCUUGUUUCUCUCAGUUCCAUUUAUUAAGUGCAACACACACCGCCGCCAUACGCCUCACGUCAAAACGCCCGCCUCCAUUAAAUUCUACAAACCAACCCACACGGCUGACGCGCCGCGCCGCUCUGCUUCAGCCCACUGCUCCAUUUCCAGCAUGGCCGGUGCUCAUGGCGGCGCUGCGAGAAAAGCCUUUUAUGUACGUUUCGGCCGCCGUAGUAUCAACUCCGGUUUUUCCUCUUCUUCUUCCGUUACUAGCAGUUGGCAACCGUUGGCAACUAGUGUAGGUACAGCCAUCUAGAGGGCUGGGGUGGGAAAUACACGUCAACGGUGCCGCUGCACACCGCUGCCAGUGUGUUGGGGAGCGGCACUUGAUGGCCACAGCACCGCGCCAGCGGCGGUGUGUGUUGCACUUUAUAGUUAUGUACACAAAUCUUAUACCUUGCUGACUUUUUAAGAGCCUGAAAACAGGUGCUCACCUGUUGUUUUGGUGACUCAAACAGGAGACUUUUCGCAUCCAUCCAAACUUGUCCCUGAAUUGAUUAAAUUCAGCAAGUUAAGUUAUGUGCUUGUGCCUCUGGUGAAAUAUUUAUUGUCAAAGAUAUAUAAUGUUGAACAUUGGUAUUAUUUUUAUUUUUUUUCCAACAAAAUCUCAUAGAAUAUAUUUCUGUUGCUGCAAAUAUUUAUGUCUGCAAUAAAAAAAAUGUGUGUA